AUUGGUAGGUGUGUAGCCUGCUGGAGCAGACACGUGACGCAGCACAGGACAAGUUCCUCAUGUUGUGAUAUAUGGAAUUGUUAUUUAGGAGUCAGCAUGGAAGUGUGGAAUAAACGGGACUUACCCAGGCCUCCAAUUUACACUAUUGAGUAUACAGGCAAAGAGAGACGCGAGAGUAAUUUUGAUGUGUGUGUACAAUCCUUACUUGAAGGUAUCCUCUGUGGGCAUGCUGUCUUGUGUGAUGAGGAGGUGUCUGGGUGUUUUUUUCGUGAGGUUGCCAUCCUCACUGUAUCCCUUUUCCAAAAUGGUCGACAUCGUUCUGAGAAAUUUUAUAAAGCUUUGAAGAAGGUGGAGAAGUGUUCAGAACGGUGGAAAGAGUUGAACUUUGAGAAAAUUUUGGAUGAUAUACGUCAGUUGAUGCCAGCUAUUUCCCCUUCUCACAGGUCUCUCCGGAUGCCAUCUAAACAAAUGUUUGAAUACUUGCUGAUAAAAAUAUUAGGAGGCUUUCAUCUUCUUCUACACAUGGAUGGAUACUGUAGAGAGGCUGCUGGCUAUCUCAUGUCAAAAAUUUCAUCUGGUCAUUUUUUCAGUACAGCAAUGGCAUUUUUAGCAAAUGUUGCUCGAAUAAGGGUGCUUGUACUUGAUUUAUCAGGGCAACUGGCCAAAUUAUACGAUGACAUAUUUCCUUGGAUCCAGCAACUGAAAAAUAGCAGUGCACCUGGGUUGGCCACUCAAGGUUCUAUUCCUUUAAAGCUUUCAGAUUACCUGCAAGAGUAUUGUGGCUCAUUAAAUGAGAAGAGCAGUACCAUGUUUACCAAAUAUGGUACUGGAGAUGGAAGUUUUUCAUGGGAAAUAAACAUCUUCACAGAGGAUGACAACAGAGAUAAGACAAGCUCCUGUUUAUUAGAACUGCCAGACAGUAAGACAGCCAUUGGAGAAGUUACAGAAAGAGUAGAGUCCUCUAAACAAUCUAAAAGACCCUUAGUAAUGGAGAACAAUGAAGAAGACUCCAAGACUCUUGUCUCAUUAGUGUCUGUUGAAGAUAUUGGAGUGUGUGUAACUGCUACUAAGAAAAUUUUGAAGCACUCGAGUGGUAUUAGUAAUGAUACCAAGAAACGAAAGAAAUGUGCUGAAAGCUGGGACGUCUGUAAAACUGGAACUGUAGUAAGUUGUGGGAAUACUAGAAGGGAUAAACUUUUAAGUGUUAAUGUAGAAAGAAGUAUGUCAGGGUUGAAAAGAGAGAGGGAAGCUAAAGUGUUGGGAAGUAAUAAAAAAAGUAAGAAUAUAAUGGAACCUCACUGUGUGUUACAUAUGAAUAGUGACUCAGAAGUUUCUUCUAAGUUCUUAAAACAUUAUCAGAGUGUCAGUCAACAUGUAAAGCAAAUUGAUUCAAUUGAGGCUAUGAGUUGCUUCUUAUUAUCUGAAAGAAAAAGAAGAUGCAACAAAGAUAAUAAGUUGAUUUCUUCACUUUUAAAGGAUGAUGACUGGGUCAUUUUUCAUAAGUUCAUAAAAAGAAGAAUAAGAAAGAUUGAGGAAUUAAGAAAUAAUGACUAUUCUGCAUGUGAAAAUUUUGAAGUGAAACUAUUACAAAAGACAAAAACUAGACUAAAAUUUUGGCUGUUGUUCCCACAGCUGAAAGGUAAAAAGCCUAGAAACUGGAAAUGUAUGCUGUAUGAUAUAAGGAAUAAGAAAAAAUAACCAUAAUUGUUGAAACUAUAUAAAUUUUUAACCUGCUAAAUUAAUCUUAAUUUUUAACAAGCACCUUGUAUAGUAAUUGAUUGAAAAAUUCUAAUAAAAUAUUUUUAUAGUUGAGGAAGUAUAUUUCCUGGAUAGUGUCACUGUGUAUUGGUGUUGACUUCUGGAGUGCAAUACUUACCAGGAAUGCUGCUUUUUAUCCAGGCUUUAAAUUACAUAGCUCUUCCUAACCUGAAGUUCUAAAACAAGUAUUCUUUUAAAAAAAUUUAUUUUGCUCGAUAUACAGGUGAGUAAAAGAAUGUGUUUGUCUUUUGUAUCUUUAAAAAAAUUCAUUCUCAAAUUCGUUACAAAUAAACUAAAUCCACUUGAAUGGUGAAGGACAUGUCAGUGGUUCUGCUUUGUCUUCUUGGUAAAUCAUGCACAGCCUCCAUUCUGUCUGAGCUGGAGAUUAGGCCAGUAAAAGACCUGAAUGUUCAGUGUUGAA